UCCAAGUGAGGCCUUGAGUGAAGAUUGUAUCGUGUGCUCUGUUAAUCAUCACAUCGUCGCCCAUGAAAUAUACGUGACACUGGGGUAUAUACUGAACUCCGUCCGUCCCGUGUCCCGACAAUGGGCCAGCCUGAAAUCCAACCAGCCGAGCCCACACCCAAGGGUGUGGCAGGCGACCACUUGGAGAAGGCUCACUCGGUUACCGAAUAUGUCGACCUCAACACCAACCUAGAGGCAAAAAUCAAGAAUCCUCUCAAAGGCAUCCCCUACGAGCAGCUCAUGCAUGACGUCCAAGAAUUCGCCGUCGAGAAGGGCCUUGAGGAGCACAUUGCGUUGCUGCGCAAGGGCGCCCUUGUUGCUCAAGAUCCGACAAACUACAGGUACAUCACCGGCCCCGAAGCCCUAGACGAGGCCGAGAAGAAGGCUCUCGAGGAAGAGGUCACGCACCGAUGGCGGCUCCCUAAGCGCUUGUUCUUGACAAUUGCGACUUGCUCCAUCGGGGCCGCAGUGCAAGGUUGGGAUCAGACCGGAACUAAUGGAGCCAACAUCUUCUUCCCUGAAAUCUAUGGCAUCGGUGGCAAUAGCGCCCGUGAUAGACUUAUUCUGGGCGUGGUCAACGCUGGUCCUUAUAUCGGUUCUGCGUUCCUCGGUUGCUGGCUGUCGGACCCCAUUAAUAACUGGCUCGGUCGUCGUGGUGUCAUCUUCAUCUCCGCACACUUCUGUAUCUGGCCUCUCUUCGGCUCCGCCCUGAGCCACAACUGGCAACAGCAGCUCGUAAACCGCCUACUGAUGGGCAUAGGGAUGGGAGUUAAAGCGUCCACUGUGCCGAUCUAUGCAGCUGAAAAUGCACCAGCAUCUAUCCGAGGAGCUCUUGUCAUGUCCUGGCAAAUGUGGACUGCCUUUGGAAUCUUCCUCGGCACGGCAUUCAACCUAGCAGUUUAUAACACUGGAUCCAACAACUGGAGAUAUAUGCUUGGCGCUCCUUUCAUCCCCGCGGUUCCUCUGGUUGUCAUGAUCUAUUUUUGUCCAGAGUCACCACGAUGGUACAUGAAGAAAAACAAAUACCCUAAAGCCUGGGAAUCGAUGAAUGUGCUUCGAAACAAUCCGAUCCAGGUCGCCCGAGACAUCUACUAUAUUCAUGCUCAGCUCAACAUCGAGAGGCAGCUCACCCAGCACAGUACCUACAUCUCCCGCUUUACCGAGCUCUUUACCAUUCCUCGAGUCCGACGCGCAAACAUUGCCGCCUUUACUGUCAUGAUUGCGCAGCAGAUGUGCGGUAUUAAUAUCAUCGCCUUCUACUCGACCACGAUCUUCAAGGAGUCCGGGUACACUGAAUUCCAGGCUAUGCUUUGCUCUUUUGGCUUCGGUCUCGUCAACUGGCUAUUUUCGUUUCCGGCAUUUUGGACCAUCGAUACCUUUGGCCGCCGCUCAUUGCUUUUGUUUACGUUCCCGCAAAUGAUGUGGACUUUGCUAGCAGCUGGAUUAUGCACUCUUUUGCCAAUAUCGACGACGCGGACUGCGUUGGUCGCCCUGUUUGUCUUCUUGUUUGCUGCCUUCUACUCACCCGGCGAAGGUCCCGUGCCCUUCACAUACUCGGCCGAAGUCUACCCCUUGUCUCACCGUGAGGUGGGAAUGGGGUUUGCCGUCGCGACUUGCCUCUUCUGGGCCGCCAUCUUGGGCAUCACAUUCCCCUUCCUGCUGGAAAGAGCGGGCACCGUCGGUGCCUUUGGCUGCUAUGCCGCCUUCAACGCCGUCGCGUUUAUCAUGAUCUUCUUCCUGGUGCCCGAGACAAAGCAGCGUACCCUCGAGGAGCUCGACUACGUUUUCGCCGUGCCCAUGAAGAAGUUCGCUUCUUACCAGUUGGGCACUGCGUUGCCGUGGUGGUGCCGACGAUGGUUGCUGUUCCAGCGUGACGCUGUGCUGACGCCAUUCUACCACAAUGACAAUGAAGACGAGCAAGAGCACCAGCACCAGCAGCAGAAGCAGACAUCGCAUCACAGUAGCGAUAUCCCAUUCGUUCAUACGUCAGCUUACGAGUCGAAGAAGCUUGACUAAGCCGGCCUAAAUGGUCAACGUUGGGAAAUGUGCUCAGCGAAAAGCCUAGGUCUGUAAGUCGGUGGCAGCAUGCUCUUCUCCAAGAAAAUUGCGAAAAGACGACUUGUCCCGGUGAUCUGGAUGACUAUCAUUACUAAGGUAGUCAAGAGGAAGUGUUGUUCUGGAUGGGAGCUUGGUCAGCAGUUUCGUCUCUCUACGUCAAAAUCUUGAUGAAUAAUCCAACACCAACUGAGUAGGUUGUCGCGUCCGUUGUGUGUAAGUACGCCGUGCUGCCAAGCAUGAAUUAGUAUACCCUCAU